AUGAAGAAUUCAAUUGAAGAUGUAAUUGGCUCUGAACUGCUUGACUCGGUUGCAUGUGAAGAUUGCACAGGGAAGAGCAGCGCGGUUGAAGACUCCAAUACACUUGAGUACUCACUGGAGGAUGAUUGCCAAAAGCUGCUAGACUCAAGCGACGAUGAAGAAAGUUCAAAACUGGUCGACUCGAUUGAAGACGAUUCUAGUGAAGAAGAUCCACUGAUUUCAAUGGCUGUCAGUUGCAAUGAACUUCUCGAUUCAGUCGACGAGGAAGGAAUCAUCGAACUAGCAACCAAGGAUGAGAUCUUUUCCAACGAGAUAGAGAAGAACUUUAGCAAACUGCUCAGCUCAGCGGACGAUAUCAGUUUCGAAGAGGAAGACACCAAAGAACAAAUAGAAGCUGAUAGCUUCAGAGAACUGUUUGCAAUUGAGGAGGAAGGAAGUACAGAGCUGUGGAGCCCUGUAGAUGAAUGUUGCAAAGAACUAUUCAGCAAAACAUUAGAUGAAGGUUUAGUCCAGCUGCUUGAUCCAAUUAAAGACGGUUCCAGUGAAAAUUUAGUUGAAACUGAAGAUUCCCACGAGCAUAUCAAAUCAUCAGAGGAUGGUUGCAAAGAGUCCCUUAUCUCAUAUGAAGAUGUUGGUUGCAUAGAGUUGAACAGCUCUACCAACUCUAAUGAGAGAGCAGAAUUGCUUGGUUCAGCUGAAGACAAUUCCAAUGAAAUACUCAGGUCAACUGAAAAGGAAGACUCCAGUGAACUACUCGAUUCAAUUGCAGUGUAUUCCAGUUCACUCAUCAAUGCAAUUGAAGAUGGAGGUUCCAAGCUGCCCAACUCAACCGAGCCCUCAGUUGACAACAAUUCCAGUGAACUACAUGCUUUUGUUGCAAUGGAGCUCACUAUCGAACGACUCAGCUCAACAAAUGGUGACAGAGUCAAGCUCGAGUCUGCCGAAGCUGAGGAAAUUUCGGGGCUACUUGUGGACGAAGGUUGCGAGUAG